GCGCGCCGGGACCCCACCCCGCGAGGUGGGCGGGGGCGGGCCCGGGGGCGGGCCUUGCUCGGGGGCGGGGCGGGGCGGGGCGGGGCGGGGCCGGCCUGGGAAGGCGGAAGCCUCCAGUCUAGGGGUGGCUGCAGAACCCGGAUCUCGGAGCUACACGUUCUACGGAGCGGGGCGCCGGGAGACGGCGGGCGAGAAAACCCGGCGUCCGGAAGCCCGUGCUUUCUUUGACGCAAGGGCUCGAGACGCAGCCGCCGUCGGCCGAGAGCCCGGCUAGGAGCGACACCAGACGGAGCCUCCGGAGUUCCUCCGCCCCCACCUCGCCGGGUCCUGGAGCCGCGGUCCUCCCAGCUGCCCUCCUCGUGGCCAUGGAGUGUCCACACCUGAGCUCCAGCGUCUGCAUUGCUCCAGACUCAGCCAAGUUCCCCAACGGCUCCCCGUCGUCCUGGUGCUGCAGCGUGUGCCGGUCCAACAAAAGCCCUUGGGUCUGUUUGACUUGUUCAAGUGUCCACUGUGGAAGGAUUUGGGGAACCUGAAAAUACUUUGUACAGAUAACUUUUUUUUAAAAAAGAAGAAAAGUAGAAGCACUUAAAUUCUGCAGUUGAAGAGACAGAUUCCUCUCCUAGAUUUUGAGAGGUAUGUGAAUGGCCAUGCAAAAAAACAUUAUGAAGAUGCACAAGUACCCUUAACCAACCAUAAGAAAUCAGAAAAGCAAGAGAAAGCUCAGCACACAGUAUGUAUGGAUUGCAGUAGCUACAGUACAUACUGUUAUCGCUGUGAUGAUUUUGUGGUUAAUGACACCAAGCUGGGACUGGUACAGAAAGUCAGAGAACACUUACAGAACUUGGAAAACUCAGCUUUCACAGCUGACAGGCAUAGGAAAAGAAAACUUUUGGAAAACUCAACACUAAAUAGCAAGUUAUUAAAAGUAAAUGGAAGCACCACUGCCAUUUGUGCCACAGGCCUUCGGAAUUUGGGGAACACAUGUUUCAUGAAUGCCAUCCUUCAGUCACUCAGUAACAUUGAGCAGUUUUGCUGUUAUUUCAAAGAACUGCCCGCUGUGGAGUUAAGGAAUGGGAAAACAGCAGGAAGGCGGACAUACCACACCAGGAGCCAAGGGGAUAACAAUGUGUCUUUGGUAGAAGAGUUUAGAAAGACACUCUGUGCUUUAUGGCAAGGCAGCCAGACUGCAUUUAGCCCAGAGUCCUUAUUUUAUGUUGUUUGGAAGAUUAUGCCAAACUUUAGGGGCUAUCAACAGCAGGACGCCCAUGAAUUCAUGCGCUACCUUUUGGACCACCUACACUUGGAACUCCAGGGCGGUUUUAACGGUGUUUCCCGCUCAGCAGUUCUGCAGGAGAAUUCUACUCUGUCUGCAAGUAACAAGUGUUGCAUAAACGGAGCAUCUACUGUUGUCACGGCUAUAUUCGGAGGCAUUCUCCAAAAUGAGGUUAACUGCCUCAUAUGUGGGACAGAAUCUAGAAAGUUUGAUCCAUUCCUAGACCUUUCAUUAGAUAUUCCAAGUCAGUUCAGAAGUAAGCGCUCUAAGAAUCAAGAAAAUGGACCAGUUUGUUCAUUACGAGAUUGUCUUCGCAGUUUUACCGACUUAGAAGAACUUGAUGAGACAGAGUUAUAUAUGUGCCAUAAAUGCAAAAAGAAACAAAAGUCCACAAAAAAGUUUUGGAUUCAAAAACUACCCAAGGUGCUAUGCUUACAUUUGAAAAGAUUUCAUUGGACAGCAUAUUUAAGAAAUAAAGUUGAUACAUACGUAGAAUUUCCACUGAGAGGCCUAGACAUGAAAUGCUACUUACUAGAGCCUGAGAACAGUGGCCCGGAGAGCUGCCUGUAUGACCUCGCUGCUGUGGUGGUGCACCACGGUUCCGGGGUUGGUUCUGGACAUUACACAGCAUAUGCAACUCACGAAGGCCGCUGGUUCCAUUUCAAUGACAGUACUGUAACACUGACUGACGAGGAGACUGUGGUGAAGGCGAAGGCCUACAUCCUUUUCUACGUGGAACGCCAGGCCAAAGCUGGAUCAGAUAAACUUUAAUACCUCCUCCAAAUCUUCAUUCACCAACCAUACCAGAGAAACAUUUCCAGUUUUCCACAAAUACUUGAUCCAAGAUUUAAUUUCAUUAUGCACUUUUCAAUUUCCUAUUUUGGGUUUAGUUUUGUCAAUGGUAGUGACUUACUGAACAUGGGCACCAACUAAUUUUGUUGUUGUUCUACCAGAAAACCUCAGCAGACAUUUUGAUUUGCUGCUUUAGUUGUAAUAAUUCAAUUUUUAUAUGUAGUUGUAAGAACUUUUAGUCUUAUUUGACUUAUUUUAUGUUAAUGUUUUCAGUUCUCACUUUGAGGCACAUUUACAUCAAUGCUUUUGUUCCUCUCACAUGCUGAAAGCAAGAUAUGUUCCUUAUUGUGAAGAGCAACACAACUGCCUGCUGCCUUUCCACAGCUGUAAUGGAGAUCAGGUUGACUCUAAAUCAAGGAUCAUGUGUGCACAAUACUUGUGGCCCACAAAAUUUCACAGUGACUGCUGAGGAAUCAUUCUUUUUGCCUGUAAAAUAUAACAAAGGGCAUCAUUAAGUAGACCAGGUAAUUACUGCUUGUCUCUCGAGGCUGCUGUUUAUCAGCACUAACUAAAUAAAUUUGUUGGUUCAGUUGUACUUGUCCUGCAAAUACAAGAAUUACUCUCUUUUUGUUGUUUUUUUUGGUUUUGGGGCGUACUUGUUUGUGGGGAGGUAAGAUGGGAGUAAAGACCAAAUACAUGUAAUGUUUUAAAAAAAUGCUGUGACUCACUGACAUGGUAUAGGUGUUACCAGUGAGGUAAAGCCAUGGCGUCUGCCUCCUUUUUGAAUCAAUAUCUCAUUCCCCCUUAGUUGUAGCACUGGAAGUCACGACAUGUCCAUUUUAGACUUCCUGCUUGUGUUUGGCAUGCAAGUCUGAGGUGUGAACCUCUGGGAUUUACUUGGAUCAUCACCCGCACUUCAGUUUAUCACUGGGGGGUGGUGCUUCCAGAGGAGGAAAUUUAGAACACCUCUCAUUGGCCUAUCCUGAUAGGACAAGUUGAAAAUAUUCUGUUUGAGUAAGUGGAGUUUUCGUUUUGUUUUUUGGGGUUUUUUUGGAGACAAGAGUCUCUCUCUGUUGCCCAGGCUGGAGUGCAGUGGCACAAUCUCAGCUCACUGCAACCUUGGCCUCCCGAAUAGCAAUUCUCCUGCCUCAGCCUCCUGAGUAGCUGGGAUUACAGGUGCCCACCACUACACCCAGCUAAUUUUUUUUUUUAUUUUUAGUAAAGACGGGGGUUUACCACGUUGGCUAGGAUGGUCUCAACCUCCUGACCUCAGGUGAUCUGCCUGCGUCAGCCUCCCAAAGUGCUGGGAUUACAGGCAUGAGCCACCAUGCCCAGCCAGUUUUGUUUUCAAAAAAUAGAUUUAACUCAGAUUCAAAUUUGGAACCAGAAUCCCAUUUAAAGAAAGCAGUUGUGGUUUCUACAAGUGUUCUAAGACAGUCCUUUGAUACAUUUUUUUGUUUGGAGGGAGGUGGGGGUUGGUAGACGUAGCCUACCAAGUCUCCACAAGGGACAGAAUGUAUCUUGUGUUAAGUCAACGAGACUUUUUGGCAAUUUUUGUUUGUUUGUUUUAAUGGAGUCUUACUCUGUCCCUCAGGCUAGAGUGCAGUGGCAUGAUCAUAGCUCACUGUAGCCUCAACCUCCCAGGCUCAAGCUAUCCUCCCACUUCAGCCUCGAAGUAGCUGGCACCACCACACCCAGCUAAUUUUUAAUAUUUUUACCAGAGAUGAGGUUUCGCCAUGUUGCCCAGGCUGGUCUUGCACUCCUGGGCUCCAAGUGAUCCACCCACCUUGGCUUUCCAAGGUGCUAGGAUUACAGGCAUGAGCCACCAUGCCCAGCCUGUUCUAUUAAAAACAUCUUGACCAUUUUUAAGUUUAUGAUGUAAAAACAGUCUGGUGGCUUUCCCUCAGGUUGGAUAUCUGAAGUUGUGGGAGCAGAUGUAGCUCCAUUUCCAUUUUAAUAUUAACUGGAUAAAUCCCACAUCUUCCCAGAACACAUCUGCUAAACACUUUAACAUGACAAGGAGCAAAUUGCAAUUAUGUGUAAACUUAUAUCAUCCAGUACAAUGGCCCCUAGCCACAUGUGAUUGAAAUUUAAAUUAGAAACUCAGUGCCUUCAGUCACACUAGCCACAUUUCAAGUGCUCAGCACCCACAUACGGCACAGGACAGUGCUGGUCUAAAUUUUCACUCCAAAGAAUAAAGCUUUGCCAUCAUGUUUAGGUCUUACAACUUCGAGUCCUAAAAGAUAAUAGGGAGAUGUGUGCUUAAAUUAAUUUACAAUGCUCAAUUAUAUUAAACUGUAUGAAACUGCUAUUUGACUAGUUCUGAUAUAUAAAAAUGACAGCUCCACCAGAUCUGAUGUAUCACACAUUAACAUCACAUCUAAUUCAACCUGAAAUGUGAGUCUUCUUUGAUCUUGCAAAGUAUCUCCUAUGAAUCUGGGCUCUUUUGCUUAGAAGGUAGACAGCUGUAACCUCUAACAUUGAUAGUUCGAUCUUCAGUCUCUCUGAAUGGGCAGCUGUUAAAACAGUAAAGGCCUGGGCAGAGUUGAUGGUGAAAAAAAGCUGUAUUUUUAUACCAAAUGGAACUUCAGCAACACGUUGGACUACUCUGUCGGGCAGAGUGGUCUUCAGACAGGUGAUGCUGUUGGCUUAAGAGAUGAACACGUCUUCUCUCUGAAUUUUUUAUUGGUUGGUUUUACUUGAACAGAAACGUUUGAGUGGUAUGAAGAUUCUUUAGAAAAGUGAUUGGAUCCAUCUCAAUUGUGCACUUGAACACCAGUGAUGUAAAUGUGCCUAUUUGUAUUUUCAUUUUUAACUGUGUAGCCUUACCACACCUAUUUUGAAAGCUGAUCUUUUGUCCUCUUCAGGGCUUUUCCCUUGUGCCAUGUUGUCUCCAGCAAUAUAUGUGGCUUCUCGCUCAGAGCUUCUGCUGAGGCAGGGCCUCGCGCUGAGUCACAUGGCUCCUUGGAACAAGAAAACUUUCUCAGAAGUCCUCCCACACAGGUGGGUGAUAGAAACAGUUUGUGGCAACACAAAUCUCUCUCCAUGGUGGAGAAACCUUUGCUUAUCCACUGUAUUCUACUCAGUGUAUAGUGAUGACAAAUGUACUAGAAUUAAACCAGUCAAGUGUACUGGCCUGGGGUGAGUGUUAAAUGUGUAUCUCGCCUGUGGAACCUACUCAGCAGCUUGGUUUCUGGGGUUGGGGACAUAUUUAUUUCUUAAAGCCAAACCUCUCCUUCAUUGGUUUAGUGUACAUAAGUCUAUUUAGAUACACUUAUCCCACUUUAAUCUCCACCAGCCCCUAAACUCUCUCCUGUACCCUCUGUUGCUGAAGUGGCCUCUUCACUUGGGCCCUGGAAAAGCCCAUGGAAAGUCUGUUCCUGCAGCCAAGGCCUGGGUCCCAGGUGACUAGGAGUAGCCAUAGGAAGGCGAGGAAGGAGAAGUGGGUAUGUGGUGUCAUCUGUAGUCCAAGGUCUCUGUCUCGUCAGUGGGUGCAAUGCCUUCCCCCUCAGGUGUGGGCGUGAUGGACUCUAGACUGCCUUCCAUGAGCAUUGGUCAUGCUGUGAUGUCAUCAUUUGCCAUUAAAACUCAGUUUGUAUGAUGCCAAGAGGAUUAAUUGUGCAAGUGACUGAUUCAUUUAAAUUGUGAUCACAUCCCUUUUCUGCUUCACCAACCUGAACUGUUUUAAAAAGUAUCAUUAAAAGUCUGUUCUCUUUC